UUCUCAUAGCUUUCGUUGUAAUAGUUUCUAAAUUGCAGUGAUCCAAAUCGCCCUCUAGGUUUUAGAUCGAAUGUAAAUCUCGUAACUUUGAGCGUUUUGAAGUGAAAUCAGUGAUCUUAAUUUAGAGCGUUUUAUGAUGAUAGUUCAGAGAGGAAUUCAGAUCUUCCCAAUUGGGCCUGCUUCUCAUUUCCACGGCGGAGUUCCGGUGGUCUUCCACGGCCGACCUAUGUCUCCGAUUCCUCUACACCACCGCCCUAUACCCCUUUAUCCUCCUCAAUUUCAGAGCCGCGUCCCUGUUUUCCGGGUUGUCGGCGCCCCAAUUUGUGGUCAAGGAUCUGUGAAGAAAGCCGAUCGGUUCGAGGUUCGAAGAGUUUGUCGCUAUAAUUUCAAAGCCGAGAUUGCCGUAAUUCAGAGUCUAAUCAGGGCCGGCUACCGAUUUGCUAGUUUCGACACCGAAUUCCCCGGGACAGUGGUUAAAUCCGAAAUUCCGAAACAUCUGAUAUCUCAAGCUGUUCCGGUUGAUGUGUAUAAGAUGAUGAAGACCAAUGUGGACCAGACCCAUAUUAUCCAAUUGGGUCUUUCACUCUCUGACCCAUUUGGGAAUUUGCCGGUUUAUGAUGGUGCCUACUGCUGUUGGGAGUUUAAUUUCAAUGAUUUUGAUGUAGACUGUGCUAACCAUUUGCGGAAUAGUGUCUCGAUUGAUGUCCUGAAGCGGCAAGGAAUAGACUUUUCCGAAAACAAAUGCACUGGUAUUUGUUCUGCAGACUUUGCUGAGGAGAUUGAGAGGUCUGGGCUAGUGGAGUUGCUUCCUUGCUUGACUUGGGCUACUUUCCAGAGUGCAUAUGAUUUUGGGUACUUGAUAAAGAUGUUCACUGGGAACAAGGAAUUGCCUGAGGAUAUCAAGGAGUUCAUGGGCAAUGUGAAGGCAUAUUUUGGACCGAAUGUGUACGACAUCAAGUACAUGAUGAAGUUCUGUGAUGGACUGUUUGGCGGUUUGAAUAGUGUGGCAGAAACCCUUGGCGUUGACCGUGUGGCUGGGAGUAGCCACCAGGCUGGUUCUGAUAGUCUUUUGACACUGCAAACCUUUUUCAAGAUGCUCAAGAUGGAGAAGAACAAAGGGAAAGAGCUCUGGGAAGAAUGUGGAGGAGUUUUGUUUGGUUUAGGAAGCUUGGAUUUCUGGCAUCAUUGUUGAUCCAUUCUUUAAUUUCUGUGUUGUUGUAAAUUGUGAAUUUUGUAACUUCCAUUCUUUUGUAUAUAAACGAUUAUAAUUUUUUCCAA